GAGAGAGAGAGAGAGGAGAGAGAGAAGGAUAGGGUGAAUACUGAGAGAGGUGAAAGAGGAAGGAACUCUGGAACCCCUUUUCUCCCGAAUUCACCGUUCAGGGAGAACUUUUCUGCGUGCAAAAAAAAAAGCAACACGCGGAAGGCAGAUAGAUAUCUCUGCAAAACUGUCGAGAGAAAUUGGCUGAUUAAAUGCGCCCGACUGAAGUUUUCUCCCCCUCCUCUGUCAGGUCUCUCUCUCCCUCGCCAGUUUAAUCUCCAACUUACUCUGCCGUCCCUAAGGGAUCCUUCUAGGCAGAGGCAAAGUUCCAUUCCUCCUGGGUUCUUCCUGUGGGAGAUUUAAAAAGGCCAGGAUCCUCCUCUCCACUUCUGUCUGACCCUUCUUUCUCUCUCUCUGUCCUCUUUCUCUCCAUCCCACCAUCAUGACCUUGCUGGCCUCCGAGAGGUCAAUUCUCAUUCGCAACAAAUUCCGCUCAGUUUUGCAGUUGAGAAUUCAGAAUCGAAGACAGCAAAAUGAGAUCAACGCUGAUUCUGCACUGAAAGGCUCUUGCCCACCUAAGCCAGGGGUGAAGGAUGCAAGUGAAGCUGUGCGUCAAACAGAUGAUGGCGCCACUCAGAAGAUGCCCCCUAGUGGUCAUACUGCAGAAACUGCACAAGACCGGGGUGUCGGCGGGGCUCAGAGGCACAAGAGGGCGCGGCUGGCUGAUGACCUGACUGAGAAGAUUCAUCUUCGCCACAGCCCCCUGGAGCUCCGCAACAAGAACAUCCUGCCCCUGGAGAACACUCCAGGCUCCUUCCCCGUGGCCUCGGAUGUCUUCGAAGAUGACAUCUCCUGCUCCUGCUCCUCCACUUCCUCGUCUCCUGAGCAACUCGGGAUGCACCAAUCCCCCGCGUUCUCGCUGUCGCCGGGGCUGACCAGUGAUCAGUCACUGGGUGACCUUUCGCCUGUGAACACGCCCCUGAACCACAGCCCAAGUCAGUGCAGCUUGGCGUUGCUCCCGGCAACCGAGAGCAUCAACCAGCCAAUGACCAUGACUGUGGGUGAGACAAACUCCAUGGCAACGACCGGGAGAUCGAAGGGAAUAUAUAUGACCUCUCAGACCACACCAUUGCUGCCAAAGACAGCCUCCCAGCUCGUCCCCCCUGCUCAUUCCACGCCGGGCGCGUCCCUCGCCUCCGCCAGACCCCCUCGGCCACGGAAGCCCCGCGACUCCAAGCCCAAGAUGAGGGAGCUGAAGUACCACCAGUACAUUCCCCCAGACCAGCGGGGAGGGGCGGGCAGCAGCUCGUCCAGUAACUCCGCCCAGAAGAGCGCGGCUGCUGCUGCCGCCGCCCAGCCCAUCGACCCCGCCUACUCGCGCCUCCUGCAGCAACAGCAGGUGUUCCUCCAGCUCCAGAUUCUCAACCAGCAGCAGCGGCUCACCGUGGCAACCAGUGGCGACAGCCAGCUGGUGAGGCUCUCUGGCGCUCCACAGCAGACUCAGCCCUCUGCUUCCCCGCCGAAGAGCUCAGUGCCCGUGGACACGAGUCCCCCUCAGAAGCCUGAGCGGCUCCCUCCCAAUCUGGAUGACCUCACGGUAUCUGAGCUGCGGCAGCAACUGCGUAAGCGUGGCCUGCCCGUGUCCGGCACCAAGCCUGCCCUGCUCGAGCGCCUGCGCCACUACCAGCCGCCCGUGCCCCCCCGCCCCCCACCUGCCCCCCUCCGUCAGCUCACCCCCACCCUGGACUCUGGCAACAGCAACAGUAGCAGCAGCAGCAGCAGCAGCCCCGCCAACCCCACCCCUGAGCCGCCUCCGGCCAACCCUGGGCACGUCUACAUCCAGGCCCCAGGCGUGGUGGCCAGCCUGCCCGACUCUGGCCUGUCCACCGUGGGCUUCCUGGCCUCCGGCACGCCCCCCUCGGGCCCCAGCUCCAGCCCCGGCCUGCAGGCGUCCUCCCCGCUGUCCGGCGCUGCCCCCUGGAGGUCAGAGCAGGCGGCGGAGGAGCUGAGCGUGGAGCUGAAGAUGAGGGAGAGGAUGAGGAACCGGCCCAGGGAUAGACUGCGAGAGCUCAGCAGCGAGGCCUGUGGAGCUUCCCUCCAUCCGUUCCUGCAACAGGAGCCCGGAUGCAGUCGCGGUAGAGCCGAUCAGGAGGGGCCGGCGGAAGCCCUGUUCCCUCAGGUGUUCUGCAGCCAGCCGUGCGAUGUGAUAGGUCAAGAUUUUGAACUGCCACGGCAAAUCACGGCGAGCCCGGUGCAGAGUUCAUCCAGUGUUCGAAGUCUGGAGGAGGAGCUUCAGGAGGCCAUCCAAAGAGUGCAAAUGGACCCUAGUCAGUCCAUUGAUGAUAUUCUGGAAGGGACCAUUGGUCAUUCAGGUGAUGCCUCCCCUGUUGCUGAGAUCCAAUCACCUGUCAACGUCCUCGCCAGAUCCUCCCCACUGCCGCCGCCUUCUGACCAAUCACAGGCUGCUCAGGGCCAGUGUAGGGAUGACAACUUCCUGUCGUCCCCUCUCUGCUCCUCCCUCCUGCUGGAGCUGCCCCCGUCUCCGUCCAGCACCCUGCUCCAGGCGCCCGCGCCCCCACCCCCCCCACCUCCCCCCAUCUGCACCACGCCGCCCCCCAGCACCAACUCCAGGAAGAGGCGUGAGGUCGCCACCUUUGACCCCGCCGACUGGCUGGAGUCGCUGACGUCUGGCUUCCGACCUCUCACCCCUCCCCAGGCUCCGUUCCGCGAGACGGACUUCGGCCUCGAUUCAGAUUUGAACGUAAACCGGGUCCUGGAUCUCAUGGUGGAGCAGUGGUGA